AUGGGGGACGAUCCGGGAAGGCUUUAUCGUUUGGAUGGAGUUGCUCAUAUCGCCGGUGUGAUCAACGACGAGUGGUUCCAUGAGUUGCUCGGUGUUUUACCUCCCGAGAACCAGGUGCAGAAAUUCGCAGUCAACUGCACCUGGUUUCAGGAGACAUUUGCAGAGUGUCCAGACGGGGCUGAUGAGGAGACAGUUAGGCGCUUUGUCCGGGCCUAUAUCAUGAUGUUAUUGGGCAUGCAGCUCUUUGCCGACAAGUCCGGCAAUCGUAUACACAUCAGAUGGCUACCUUAUGUUGCUCGGCUUGAGGAGAUGGGUCGCUACAGUUGGGGGUCGGCGGCACUUGCAUGGUUGUACAGGUGCAUGUGCCGAGUCGCCAACAGACAUGUGGUGGAGUUAGCUGGCCCUUUACAGUUACUACAGUCUUGGAUAUUCUGGAGGUUUCCCACUCUUAGACCAUCUGGGUAUGAUGAGAUUGUUUGUUUUAGAUACUAA